GAGCUGCUGAAACCGCAAGCGCAGCGGGACAGCGGAACUUGAACCAGCUCCUCCGUGGGGGUGCUGGAGAGGCUGCGGCCACUGGGGAGAUGCCCGGAAACACUUCUGCAGAGUUUGGGUCUAGGCUCGGAGGUCGGCGGGCCGAGCCUGAUAACCCCGAGGACCCGAUGGGUCUCAUUUCCGCUCUCUACUCCGGGCGCAGUACCCACGUGGGCCACCGGGAGCGCCGGCGCACGCGGCCGCUCUGGCCCGCCGGCACUCUAUGGUCAUCGGGGUCCCGGGCGCGGAGGACCGUCUGCGGCGGUGCGGCUGGGACGCCAGCCAGUCUAACCCUGAUCCCGCGCGGCCCAGUCCAGAGGCCAUGCAGCCGGGUGACCCUUGACCAGACCAGACCAGACACGGAGCCGUUUUGCCCGUCCCGCUCAAGGCCCGGCCUUGAACUCGGCCCCGGCCAUGCGUGGGAAGCUGCUGCCGCUGGCCGGCCUCUACCUGGUGCAGGGCCUGCCCUACGGGUUGCAGACCGGCCUGCUGCCUGUGCUGCUGCGAGCGGGCGGCCUCUCCCUGACUCGCGUGGGACUGACCAAGGUGCUGUAUGCGCCCUGGCUGUUCAAGCUGGUGUGGGCUCCGCUGGUGGGCACGCGGGGCUCUCCCAGGGCCUGGCUGACGCUCAGCACGGCUGCUCUGGGCCUGGUGUGCGGGCUGCUGGCAGCUCUGCAUCCGGCUGAAGGCGGCCAGGCGGAGCUUCCUGUUGCCGUGGCUGGGCUGCUGCUAUUGCUGAACCUGGGUGCAGCUGUGCAGGACGUUGCCCUCGACACACUGGCCAUGCAGCUCCUGGAACCGGCGGAGCUGGGGCCUGGCAACACCGUGCAGGUGGUUGCCUACAAGCUGGGGUCGGUGCUGGCGGGCGGUGGACUGCUUGCCCUGGUGCCCAGCCUCUCCUGGCCCCAGCUGUUUCUGCUCCUCGCUGCCACCUACUGGCUGGCUGCUGCCCUGGCUUGGGCCACACCAGCCCUGCAACAAUUGCCCCCUCCUCGGCCCUCAGAACUCCCCCCACACACCCUGCACCUUCUGCAGGACUUGCUAGCUGUGCCGGGGACCCUGUGGACCGCUGGCUUUGUCCUCACUUACAAGCUGGGCGAGCAGGGUGCCAGCAGCCUGUUCCCACUCCUCUUGCUGGACCGAGGCCUCUCUGCCCCGGAGCUGGGGCUGUGGAACAGUGUGGGCGCCGUGGCCUGCUCCAUUGCUGGCUCGUCCCUGGGUGGGGCCCUGCUGUCCGGACGCUGGAAGCUGCCACCUCUGCUGAGGUCAGUACUUCAGUUCCGUCUCGGGGGCCUUGCCUACCAGACCACUCUGCUCUUCUGCCUGGACACCCCGCGGGCCAGGCUGGACCCUGGCACAGUCCUGAGAGGGGCCGUCUUGCUGAGCCUGUGCCUGCAGCACUUCUUGGGGGGCCUGGUCACAACCGCCACCUUCACUCUGAUGAUGUGCUGCAGCCAGCUGGCAAACAGUGCCUUGCAGGCCACACACUACAGCCUCCUGGCCACACUGGAGCUGCUGGGGAAGCUGCUCAUGGGCACACUGGCUGGAGCCCUGGCCGACAGCCUGGGCCUGCACCUCUGUUUCUCCCUCUUCCUUGCUCUCUCAGCCAUACCCAUUCUGUACCUGAGCCUGGCACCCACAGCCCUGGCCUGAGCUGGGUGUUAAGACUAGUCAGUAAAGCCAAGUGUGACCGGC